UGUGCAGCUGCCUGUCAACAAGAUGGCCUUCCCCUCUGCUCCGCUCUGGCCGAUUAUUUUGGUUAUUCGAAGAGCCAGCUAGCAGACUAGCAUUUGGCCUGUUUCUUUUACGACGUAGGUGAAGUGGUACCCUGUCAUUCGAAUCAGAUAGUUAGCUACAUUAAGCAUAAAAGACGUAGCGGGCUGGCUAACGUUACAUUAAAGGGCAAUAAUUCAAGCCCGAUAUUUACCCAGGGGCCAUAACUAGUGCAGCUAGCCAGGUACCGCUGCGUGGGUAAACCGAAGAGGUAACUUAGCUGCCUCUCGCUACCUCGCCUGACAUUUCCAUCGGACCUCUUCCUCGUUCUGUAGCUGGCUAGCUAGUUUGUUGUGUUGAUGAAAAACAGGCCGUAGAGCCGGGACACUGGAUUAAUUAAGACCACUGGAGACACUGGGACGCAGAACAAAAGAAAUAACUUGUAACAUAUUUUCUGAGAUCACAUGCGCCCCGCCCUGUGGUGGCGCCCUCUGGCCCGUGCAGCGAGUAUGAGCGGCGAGGGGCACAGCGGCUACCCCGCCUAAAAGACCACAGGCUCCCCGCCGCUCCCCGAACAUGGACCGGGACACCUUCUCCCACAUCCGGCUGUGGUGCCCCCGGCCCUUCGGCACCUACUCCCAGAACAAGCCCCGUGCCGGGGGGGCGGGGGGUGCGGGCGCCCCCCUGUGCAAGGCUGACGCUCCGUCCGACGCCAGGGAGGAGCAGGAGGAGGACGCCGGGUCCGAAAACACGCCCCCGGACCCGGCCCUGCCCGCCAACCCGCCCGCCCCGCCCGCCCCGGCCGCACCCUCCUCCCCGGGGGCCAAGGUGGAGGACGGGCGGGUGCUGCUGGACACCUGGUACGUCAUCAAGCCGGGCAACACCAAGGAGAAGAUCGCCUUCUUCGUGGCGCACCAGUGCAGCGGGACGGGGCUGCCCCGGCCCAGCGCCAUGAAGGUGAAGGGCAACUGGGCCACGGACUGCACCAAGGCCAAGCGCCGGCGCCGCUGCUCCUCCUACGAGCCCCCCGGCCGGCCGCGGGACCCCGUGCCCCCCGAGGACCCCGCCGAGACCGACCUCCUCUCCGUGGCCGAGAUGGUGGCGCUGGUGGAGCAGCGCACCGCCUUGGCCCUGCAGGGCAUCGUGGGCCAGAGUCCUCCCGCCACCGGCAGCGCCCCCCAGACCGACCCCACCCCGGACCCCGCCCCCGUGUUCCUGUCGGAGCCCCCCGCGCCCCGGCCCCCCUCCCCCGGCGCUCUGGAGCCGGAGCAGGAGGAGCCGCGGCGGGUGGCCGAGACCGUGGCACAUUUCGAGCAGCAGCAGCAGCAGCUCAGGGCGGGGGCCAGCCAGCCGGCCCGGGAGGGAGACUCGGGCCCCGGGGCCUCCCACGCUCGGGGUGAGGUCCGGAUCGCCUUCCGGGUGUCCAGCCUGGACCCCCGGUCCCAGUCGGAGCCGGCGGGCCGCCCCAGCUGCAUGUUCAUGAGCUGCGGGGGCGGGGGCAGCCAGGCGGGGGCGCGGGCCAAAGAGAAGAUCACCUGCGACCUGUACCAGCUGGUCAGCCCCUCGUCCAGGGACCCCGGCCUCCUGCUGGCCUCCUCGCCCAAAUCCGACCCCCGUGGGGAGGGCGCUCCCGAGAGGCCCGCGGGCGGCUCCGCCCCCGGCUCAGACCCUGCCCAGGAGCUGGGCGCGGCCGAUAAGAAGGGGGCGGCGCCGCGGGAGCGCGUGACGGGGUUCCACGUGGAGGUGGUGGUGACGGGCGCGGUGGACCAGUGCGUGUUCUACGGGAAGGACAGCACGGAGAACGUGCAGGAGGAGACGGUCUGCUUCGCCAUGUCCGCCCCCGCGCCCGACACCUGCGAGGACCCGCCCCCCGGCCAGCUCUUCUUCCUGCAGGCCCCUCGGCCCGAGGAGGACGGGGGCGGGGGCCUGCGCUCGCUGGACUGCGCCAACAACAACGGGCCCUCGGGGGGCGCCGUGGAGCGCCCCGCCUCCCCGUCGGGCGCGGGCGGGGCCGGGGACGAGCGGGCCGACCCCUCGCUCUGCCGGCUGUACCGCCACGUCUCCCACGACUUCCUGGAGAUCCGCUUCCAGAUCCAGCGGCUGCUGGAGCCGCGCCAGUACAUGCUGCUGCUGCCCGACCACAUCAUGGUGAACAUCUUCAGCUACCUGCCCACGCGCUCGCUGGCCGCCCUCAAGUGCACCUGCCACGACUUCAAGGCGCUGAUCGAGACGUACGGCGUGCGCGCCACGGACUCGCGGUGGAACCAGGACCCGCUGUACCGCGACGACCCCUGCAAGCAGUGCAAGCGGCAGUACGCGCGGGGCGACGUGUCCCUCUGCCGCUGGCACCCCAAACCUUACCACCACGACCUGCCUUACGGACGCUCGUACUGGAUGUGCUGCCGGCGCACCGACAAGGACACGCCGGGCUGCCGGGUCGGCCUGCACGACAACAACUGGGUGCAGCCGUGCGAGCUGGUGCAGACCCGCGCCAAGAGGGAGGACGGGAGGUGAGGGGGGCGCCCCCUCUGACCCCCGCCCUCCCCCCUCCCCCAGAACCCCCCCCCCCCCACCCGUGCCAGGAUUAAGGGGUCACUUCCCUUCUCACCGACUUGUCAUAUUUAUCUCACUUCACUUCUGUUCACACACUGCAGUCUCCUGAUCCGGAGUUCAAUUCGGAUUUUUACGCUCGUUCUCGGAAGUUUCGCAAUUCCUCAGAUUGGAACCCCGGCGAGGAGUCCGUCCUGGUAGCCGGUCAUCCUCAGCCGAAUCUAGUAGAUUGAGAGACCUUGUAAACAGAACCUGCCCGCCCAAAGCUGUCUUUAAAGAUUAUUUGGGGAGGGGGGUGCGGAGGGGUGAGGGAGGGUGUUGUCGUCGGCAAAAAUGCUUGAAAUGAAAUGAAAUACGCCGACAGCAGAAAAAAAAAAAAAAGCAACUGGAUGUCACUUUGUAAAGAUGGUAUGUUUGAUUGCUUGGUUGUUUUCAUGUGUGCGUGUGUGUGCAUUUAUCUUCUGUGCUGUUUUUUUUCUUUUUAGGAAAUUACCCACCAAAUGAUUUUAAUCAUCUUUUAUUGAUUUAGGUUUUUUUAUUUCUCUGGCCAGACUUUUUCACACCCCCCAGCACCUCGUCCACGUCCUGUUGGCCGGCAGAGGCCACUUGUUGCCAAAGCCGACCCUCACUCCAUACGCGGGGGGUGGGGGGGAACAGGGCCACACAACUCUCGACACCAGCUUCCAGCCUUAACCCUUUUCUGGCCCGUUCGCCCAUUCUCUCCCCCCCCCCCCCUUUAAACUGCAAAUUCUGUCUACAAAAAAAAAACAAAAUGGUGCCCAGUGAUAACCGCUGACUUGGUUGUGGGAGACUCCUGUAGCGUCUCGAGCUGUACAUUGCUAAUGGGGAAUUUCUGCUUCUCAAAUAAACCGUGAUUAAAGUUUUAAGCGAUUAAAACUGG